CAAUCAUCACAGCAUCCAUCAAAGUUGUUAUUAUUGCUGGCUGGUUUUCAUUUUCGCGAUGAAAAAACAAUCCAACUGAGGAGCAGACGUCAUAUCAUCUGAAGAAUUAGCAACGCAGCAGCUCCAACUUCACCCAGUCUCAACCAUAAUCAGACUGCUACAGCUCAAAAUGAACGUGGAAUGUCAAUGCGGCACAGUCACAUUCAAGACCCCAGCUCCAAAACCCAUCGACAUCUACUGCUGCCACUGCUCGCAAUGCCGCAAGCAGUCUGCUUCAGCAUUUGGUACAUCGGCAAUCUUCCCCGCUGAUGGCCUAUUCCCGCUCACGGAAGAUCUCAUGUCGAAGCUCCAGGUCUGGACUCGCCCCACAAAGAGCGGCGGGCACAUGGACUGCUACUUCUGCAGGCUAUGCGGGACCCGAAUCUUUCAUCGCACUCACGAUGAGCAUGGCCUGCCCAAGUCAACAGUCAGUAUCAAAGGAGGGCUGAUCUCGGGGCUCAAGAUGGAUAGCGGAAAGCAUAUCUGGACGACCAGCGCGGUAGUGAAGGUUUCUGAUGAUGCCGAGAGGUACGAUGAAUCACCGCCAGCGACGCCUAAUAGCAGUCAGGAUUGAAAAGCUUUCGAGGGUCAGAUUGAGGAUGCAUGUGCAUUGAUAGUCCUUAUUCAGGUCUGUAAAGAAGUUCGCAGAGAAAGAAAGGUCUUGUAGCUCGCGCAGCAGAGCGCCAUCAGCGAGAAG